AUGUCUAGCGAUUUCGCUAUCUAUAUUCGAGACAAGCUUUUUGACAGCAAAACAUCUGUCGACCAUAAAAUCUUACAUAGUGUAAACAAGAAAGGUGAAUUUGUUCUAAAGUUCUGUUUCUGGGAAUAUGACAAGAACCAUAAAACAUUACAAAGAGCAGUCUUAAAAUUUGUCAAUGACAGACUUGUUGACAGAGAUGACGCCGAUUGGAAAGAUGAAGUCCAACAAAAGUUCUUAGAAUGCAAAGAAGACACAUGCGCUGUUCUUGAAGAUGAAAUAG